ACUGCACAAGUAAAAAUGGCGGCUGCAAGCAUGGCGAGCGAAGAUUGUGCGGGAGAUUUGUUUGAUGACGAUUUGGUUGUUGAUGAAGGCAAUGGUGUGAUUCAACCCUACAUGUACGAGCCAUUAGUGGAGAGUGCGAGAGACGAUUCAGAUUCUUGUUCUGAAUCGGGCGAAGGUGAUGAUGGGGAGAUGGUGGAUGAGCGACUUGAUUGCAUAGGAAAUAUCAAUUGGUGUCAUUGUGGUGUCUGCACUCCACAAGAGAAGGGGAGGGAAUCCUUGUGCUGCUCAGACUAUUCACCAGUCCAGGCCAAGAAGGAUGAGCUGAAAGUAGAGUGCAUCACGCAACACCCAGGUUUUUCCAGCACCUGUCUUGAAAAAUGGGUGCUGGAAAUGUCGAUGUAUCACUACAUCGAAGAGCAGGGACAAAUAGGCGAUGACCAGCCCAUUCACAAGUUAUAUCGAUACGUGGCCUAUAGGAACCUUGUCCGUUGGGUUUGGAAGAGGUUGGGGAGAAGGAACCGUUUGCCGCUCCCUGUUUGUGCUCGGGACAAGAUACGUGCUGCUUGGCCUGCUCCGGACAAUGACGGGUACACAGGAUUCAAGUAUCCUACGUUCAAUUGA